AUGACGGAGCUUGGGCAACCAGAAGUGGCUGCCGAAUACGGCCCGACAGCGAAGAAGCCAAGGACAUUCAAACCAACGAUCAAGACAUCCCCGGUGGACAAAAUGAGAGCCACAUCGACCAGAGAGAUGAUUGCAGAUCUCAUGGCGAUCAGGUUCAGCGAGACAGCGAAGCGCAAGUUCAACGCAUGCAAGACGACAAAGCAAAAGGCUGCAUGGUGGGCUUUCGUAACCGCACGCUUCAACAUUAGGGCAGGUGUUAAUUACGAUGUCAAGCAAGUGACGAAACGAUUCGCCGCGUUGAAAACAGAGUAUCGUUCUCUGUGCAAGCUACCGACGAGACUGGCAACGUGGAGGAAUCAAUCGACUACCCAGACCACUGGCAGAUACUUGUGGAAUAUUUUCAGGAACUCGUCGCCAAUGAUGGACUCCAUUCAGGACAAUUUUGACGAGACCCUGGGCGACUCCGACGACGGCACCAAUAGUCCCCUAAGCACUGCUACCAAAAUUCGUCCGGCUGCGCACUCUCCAAUGAUUCCUCGGGCAGUCGUAGCGAUAAAGUCGUUGGGUGAUUCGUUGGAGGCGACGCUUUCCAGAAUAGCAGACGCUCUGGUUACGAUGGCCAGUUCGAAGACCUCACCCCUAUUUGCACCGUUCACCGAGCGUCAAGACAUCUUGCUUCUGACCCAAAUCAGCGUGGAGAUGCUAUUCCUCGCCCGUCGAGGCAAAAUUAUGGAUGUCUGA